UAAGUGCUUCACAAAAACUCCCCUGACACACGCUUCGACACACAAGACACAUCACUAUCUAACAGGGCUUUGGCGCGUGAUGUCACGCGGGUGGGCGUGGAAAGGCUUUUGGGCUGAUGCGCCAUAUUUCGGGGCUCAAACGAAAGAGGAGCGAAAGCACACACAUCAGCCAUGGUUCGUACUUGCUGUGUGAUCGGCUGUACUGUUCGAUCGCACGACCGGCAAGGGAAUAAGCUUGGGAAUGGUUUAUCUUUUCAUUCUUUCCCGACAUGGAAGCAACAUGAGGGAGCUCAUAUAGCGGAACUUACCAAAAAAAGGCGUCUAGCCUGGAUAGCAGCCGUGGGACGAGUUGAUCUCCAGUUCUCUUCCAUCUCCAAAUGUCUGUUGGUGUGCUCCCGACAUUUUCACUCCGGGAAGCCUGCCUAUGAAAUGGAUCAAACAAAUCCAGACUGGGUACCAACGCUACACAUGAACUCCGAAAAAAGACGACGAACGCAAGGACAACAACAAAGAGCACUAGUCGGAGGCAGAAAGGCAGAGAAGGCAUCUGCAGAGGAGAUAAGAAGAAAAAUGAGACUGGAUGUGUUCAACAGAAGACAGACAGCAAAGCUAAAACGGAUAGCACAAAUCAAGCUAUCUGCAGAAGACAUCCCUCCAAGGGACCCAGCAGCCAAGGAUGCAGGACCAACAACCCUUGAUGGUCAAAGGCGGCUUAUUAAAGGUGCUGUCCCGACACUUUUUCAGUGGAAUAGAUAUAAAGUUGAACCGCCAUGGAGUAGUGUUUGGGAGAGAACGGGCGAUCCCUGA